UAUAAAAUAAUGCAAAUACAGGAGGAGGAGUAGGAGGACGGAAAAUCCAGCAAGUCACUGCAAGUUCACUGUACUGUAAGUGACAGGCAGACUUUCUGUCUCAUAAUUCAUAGUGCAAAGUCAAAAUUAUCAUUAAAACUACAGCUGUACUUGUUCAGCUAGUUCUUUCUGUUUUUGUAGUAACUUCAUAUACGUCACAGAUAAGAACUAUGGCAGCGGCAGGUUGGGUCUGCUUGGUGACUGUUCUGCUGUCUCUGUCAUUUGUUGUGGCACGUGACCACCGUGGGGAGAUAGAUACCUUCUAUGUGAGUGCUGGCCAUUUCUUUUUGCUGAAUUGCUACACAGCAGAGGCUCAUGACAUCGUGAUCUGGAGCAGAGGGGAGAGUAAAGACAACCUGAGCCUGCCCACUGGAGUGGAAGUGAGGGACAGGUUACUGUGGUUUCUACCUGUCCAGAUGUCCCACAAUGGAUCUUACACCUGUCAGAUAAGGAAUCAGUCCGGAGUAUUAUUACGGAGGUUAAAGUUUUGGGUGUCAGUGUCUAGUGGAGAGUGUCCUUAUACAGUUGAGAGCAUUUCCAUCACAAAAGGAGUGAGCGACAGUCUUCCUUGUAAGCAGAAAGAAAUCUUCAGACUGAAUAGCGUGGUGAACGUACGAUGGAUGAAGGAUUGCCAGCUCAUUCAGCGACAAGGGAACCCCAUCUCUGUUGAUAUGAAAGGCAACAUGAGGCUUCCUCAAGCCUCAGAGGAGGACAAUGGAAAAUAUACCUGCCUGAUAGACAUUAACUUGGAUGGCAGGAAUUAUACCGCUUCACGCAGCAUCCUGUUGACUGUUAAAGAUGACCUCCCAGAAAAAGUUUUUGUAGAGCCACAGCUGGUGACCCCUGAAAAGCAAGAGAUUACAGUUGAAGUAGGUUUGAGAGUGGAGCUGCAGUGUUUAGCAUUCAUAGGCUACAGUGAGGAUAGCGAGUCUUCAGUGCACUGGACUGUCGGCAAGGAUUACGCUGAGGACCUCGAGGAGAUUACUGUGUCCCGGAAAACUAUUCACAGAGAAGGCAAAGUCUAUGAACUGGUCAUUCUGUCCAUCGCUAAAGUUCAUCCCAAGUUCCUGAAUUUUGAGUUCGAGUGCCAUUUGGAAAGCCUAGCGGGACGAAAAGUCAGUGUGGUGAAGCUUAAAAAAGCUGACCGCAGUUCUUUCCACAUGAGCUUGGCUGUUUGCUCUUCUGCAUCUCUGGCUGUUCUAGCCUUGGCUGCGUGCUUAUUCGUCUUUAAAGUAAACCUGAUAUUGGCUUACAGGAAUCUGUUGGCACAUUUUCCCAAACAACAAGUUCCAGAUGGGAAGCUCUAUGAUGCCUACGUGAGUUUCAUCCAUUCCAACGCCAUGAGCUCACAUGAGGGCGCGAGGUUUGCCAUGCAGAUCCUGCCUGAGAAGCUGGAGGAACAAUAUGGCUACUCUCUGUUUAUCAGAGGACGGGAUGACUGUCCUGGCGAAGCAAUACACGAUGCAACAGCUGCUGCAAUGCACCAGUGCCGCAGACUGCUUAUCAUCUUAUCACCUGAGGGGAAAACAGAGGAAAGCACUUGCAUAUGUGACAAUCAAAGCCAAGUGUGGUAUGAGCAGAAAGUUGGCCUUCAUGAUGCUUUGACGAAGAAUGAUCCCACAGUUAUUCUGGUGGAAAUUGAUGGUCCAGUGGAUUAUAGUCACUUGCCAGAGUCUCUGCGUUAUAUCAAGAGGAAACAAGGAGCCCUGAAAUGGAAGAAAGACUUUCUUGAGACACACAAAUUCUCAGAAUUAUACUCAAAGAGAAACUUUUGGACAAAUCUCAGGUACCACAUGCCCCCAGUACCUGCAAGAAGGCUCCAGACUGUUGUCUAAACGAAAUCUUAAAGUUUUAUUGAUGGGAUUCAUCCAUCAGGCCUGUUUCUUGGAACACUUGACACAUGGAAACUUUUACAUGUUUACAGCUGUCGUCACCUGUAUUUUUAAGACUCACUAGGACUACAAUAAGCAAGCCCACACAUUCCUCUGCACAAUGAAUUUCACAACAUGUGCAACAAGGAUGGAGGGCAUCUGCUGGACUUUUCUAUUGGUGCAUGUUUGCUAUUACUUCCUUCAUAAGUGAUAGCAAUACAUUUUUUCUACAUUUGAAUUGUAUUUUUUAUACACUUAUAAUAUAUCAUCAGGCGUGAUAGCAACUUUUAAAAUUGCACCUUUCCUUUAUGGAAGGGAGCAGGCUAUGUACAUAUUUGAAAGGAUAAUUAUUUUUUAUGUUGACAGCAUUGUUUAUUUUUGUACUGAAUGAUGCAUUUUUGAAUGAUACAUAUUUAUAUUCUGUUAUUUAAGUAUUUGUGACUGAGUA